CCCCGGAGGGCGGAGUCCAGGCGGGCGCCGGCCGAGGGAGGGGGCGCGGUGGCUCUGGAGUCCAGCGCUCCCUCAGGCCGUGGACGUGAUGCUGGCUGCUGUGGGUCGGGCGGCUGGGCCAGCGGGGAUGUGACGGGCGGCCCCUCGCCUCACCUGCCGUCCUUUGGCUUGUAGGUCGCUGGGCGACCCGCAGCCGGGCCGCGGCUGAGGAGGCAGCGCGACCUCCGCACGUGGCCUCUCCCGUUGUGGAGCACAGGCUCCGGACGCACAGGCUCAGCGGCCAUGGCUCACGGGCCCAGCUGCUCCGCGGCAUGUGGGAUCCUCCCCGACCAGGGCACGAACCCGUGUCCCCUGCGUCGGCAGGCAGACUCUGAACCACUGCGCCACCAGGGAAGCCCAUGACUGCAUUUUUUAAUUGCUUAACCGACUGCAUAUCAGAUUUUGUCAAAUUUUAAGAACAAAUGCACCAUAUAGCUCAUGGAAGAAAAAACACAAAUCAAGACUUUUUUGGGUUCCAAGUUGCCAAAGUAUGGAACAAAACCUGUAAGAAGUACACUGCAACCAAUGCCAAAUGGAAAACCUGUUAAUUUAUUGGGAACUUCCAAGAGUAGCAAUGCCAAAAGUUACAUCAAAAAUAAUGGCUCUGAUUGUUCAUUGUCCCAUUCAUUUAACUGGAGAACGGCAAAUAAAUACCAGUUUAGUGCACAAAGUCCUGAAGAGCCUAACGGUACUCAGAGUUCACAUGAUAAAGAAAUUGAUCCUGAAAAACAUGCACCUGCUCAAGGAAUGUUUGAUAAAAAUGGGAUGAAGGGAGGUUUGAAAAGUAUUUCUUUACUCACAUCAAAGUUAGCAAAGACAUCUACUAUGUUUGUGUCAUCUGCAGAAGAGUUAAACCAAAAGUCUUUGUCUGGACCGUCUAAUUUGGGUAAAUUCACCAAAGGCACAUUAUUAGGAAGGACUUCAUAUGCUUCAGUCAGUGCUCCAAAGUCGCAGUUGAAUGGAUUUUAUGGAAACCGAUCAGCUGGUAGCAUCCAAAGGCCUAGAGCAAACUCCUGUGCCACCAGAAGCAGUUCUGGAGAAAGCUUAGCACAAUCCCUAGAUAAUAUUAAAUCUCUUGCUUGUGAAAAAAUGGUUAGGUCACAGAGUUUUUCACAUUCCAUUCAGAAUUCAUUCCUUCCACCUUCAUCUAUAACCAGAUCACAUUCCUUCAAUAGAGCUGCAGAUCUUACAAAGCCUUAUCAGAAUCAACAGCUACCCAUUAGAGUGCCUCUGAGGUCAAGUAUGCUAGCAAGAAAUUCUCGGCAGUCGGAAGUACUCAAUGGGAAUGAACAUUUAAGGUAUGGAUUUAAUAGGCCUUAUGCUGCUGGUGGAAAGAAGUUGGCUUUACCAAAUGGCCCGGGUGUAACUUCCACUUUGGGUUAUAGGAUGGUUCAUCCCUCUCUACUGAAAUCUGGCCGAUCUCCAUUUUCUGGGACUAUCACAGUUGAUGGUAAUAAAAAUUCACCGGCUGACACAUGUAUAGAGGAAGAUGCUGCACUUGUGGCUAAGGACAGAGCUAAGGAUAAGGACCAAGAACUAAUUGAAAAUGAUAGUUAUAUAACAGAAAAUGACCAGACCAUGAAACAUGAUACUAAAAUUAGAUACCUGGGUGAUGAUGUGGAUGACAUUUCAUUGUCUUCUCUGUCAUCUUCUGAUAAGAAUGAUUUAAGUGAAGACUUCAGUGAUGAUUUUAUAGAUAUAGAAGAUUCCAACAGAACUAGAGUAACUCCAGAGGAAAUUUCUCUCAAAGAAGAAAAGUGUGAAAAUGAACCACCAAAGGAUAUAUUUGAUUCCCCCAAGGAAAAUGAAAAAUCCUUCAGUAAAACUGAUGAGUGGAUAGAUAUAAGUGUCUCUGACAGGAGUGAAUGUUCAAAACAUGCUUCUGGAAACAACUUGAUUUCACCAGAUACAGAUUACAGAGCUGGUUCUUCAUUUGAACUCUCUCCAUCUGAUAGCUCUGAUGGAACGUACAUGUGGGAUGAAGAGGGCUUGGAGCCCAUUGGAAAUGUCCACCCAGUUGGGAGCUAUGAGUCCUCUGAGAUGAACAGCAUAGAUAUUCUGAAUAAUCUUGAAUCAUGUGACCUUGAGGAUGAUGACCUUAUGCUUGAUGUGGAUCUGCCUGAGGAUGCACCUCUUGAGAAUGUGGAGUGUGACAAUAUGAACCGCUUUGACCGAUCAGACAGAAAUGUUCGGCAGUCUCAAGAAGGAUUUUGGAAAAGGCCACCCCAGAGGUGGAGUGGACAGGAGCAUUACCACCUUAGCCAUCCUGACCACUAUCAUCACUAUGGAAAAAGUGACUUGAGCAGAGGCUCUCCCUAUAGAGAAUCUCCUUUGGGCCAUUUUGAAAGCUAUGGAGGGACCCCCUUUUUCCAGGCUCAGAAGAUGUUUGUAGAUGUACCAGAAAAUACAGUGAUACUGGAUGAGAUGACCCUCCGGCACAUGGUUCAGGAUUGCACCGCUGUAAAAACUCAGUUACUCAAACUGAAACGGCUGCUGCAUCAGCAUGAUGAAAGUGGUUCAUUGCAUGAUGUUCAACUCUCCUUGUCAUCUAGUCCAGAACCAGAAGAUGGUGAUCAAAUAUACAAGAAUGAAGAUUUAUUAAAUGAAAUAAAACAACUUAAAGAUGAAAUAAAGAAAAAAGAUGAAAAAAUCCAACUAUUAGAACAUCAGCUUGCAACUCGGUGUAACUGCCAUCAAAAAUCUAAAGAGGAAAAACGCACAUAUGCUGAUAAAUAUACCCAAACACCCUGGAGAAGAAUUCCUCCUCAAGUACUACAGCCUUCCAGCAGCCUUCCCAGACCCACAGACCACGCCCAGGGAAAACUAGCAAAGCCACAACAUACCGAGGCCCACAGUGAGUGCAUAAUCCAGGGCAUACAUCAGGCUGUUGCACCUCUGGAUGAAAGCUUUACACACGGCUUGCAACAAGAAAGCAGCAGUGGUCUGGGAGACCGGCCUUUUUCAUCAAGCCCACAAUUCACUAAGGAUGUGGUGAAGAGUACACCUUCUGAAGCAGACUUGAACAUGACCAUAAAUGCUCAAGAGCCUUAUCAUUUGGCAAAUAAUCAAAUUAGUGACAUGCAAUUUGUAACCACUUCUCUUCAGACACUUCCCCAGUCAAGUAUAGUAGACCAGGUUAAGAGAGCUGGAAGAAAUCAGGCUUCACCAGAGGGCUACACAUCUCAGCCCAAGUCCUCAAAGCUUUUUAAGCCAUCCAUCUUGAAUUCUGUGGUACCUCCUCCAGUUCCUGAAACGUGUCCAAGUGGGAAUCCCACUUGUAAGAAGUCACCAAUAAUCACACCAUGUAAUUCUGCAAAACUCCAGCCAACAUCUAGUCAAACAAAUCUUGCAAAUAAUCCAAAUCCAAAAGCAUCUAAGCUCCGCCCCCCUGCUGGCUCUUUCAAACAAAAACAAAUAAGCAGCCCCCGACUAGAGCCUCAAAACUUCCAGGCCAAGACAAGCAUCCCAAGGCCACUAACAAGAAGAAAAGAAAUCAUGCAGAAUCCUAAUGACAAUUUGAAUUCUGGGGAUUGUUUGGCCUCUAAUCAAUAUUCUCGUCUUCCUAAACCAAAGAUACAUUAAGCAUAGCCAUCACCUGCCAAUUUGUUUUUUUAAAAAACAGUCUGUAAUAGCUUUAUGUGCAGUUUGCUACUGUGAUGGAGGUUCCAUUGAAAGCUUGCAAAUCUAAAAAUUAAAAUGUGGAAGCUUCUACUAGUUUGGCUCUUCCAUUUUAUAUCCUGGUUGAAGUACAUAGUAUUUGAGCAUAUUUGUCUCAGGUAAACACAAAAGUUUGCUUACCCAUUCAGAGGUCUACAGAAGGCUCUAAUCAUGUUAUCCAUCCCUCUGCACAUCAGAAAAUUCAUAAUAUUCCACUUAGCAAGCAACAAAUGUGCUUUGCUGAUUUAGUCCUUUUAAGGUCUGUAUUAAUUGUGGUUGUCACAGCCUCACCCUUUUUCACUCAUCCCUCCUGUGAAUAUGGUUACUAUUAUAACUAAAGAUUUGGUGAUAAUGGAAGAUGGUAGUCUGUACGUAGAGUUCUGGCCAGUGAUUUGUAUAUUUAAAAGGUCUAUGCAAAAGCUCUGUGAUGAAUACAGGAGAUCAGGCUUUUAUUGGGAAGUUUACGUAAGUUUUAUUUUUCUUUGCUAUAGUCUCAAUAUUUAUUUACCAGACAAAUUCCCCUGGCUAAAAAUGUUUCAUAUUAUGUAUAUAAACCAAUUAUAUGUUGCUUUAACAUCUUGUUUUACACACACACACACACACACCAUUUGUGUUUGUUUUUAUUACUGAAUAAAUUUUGGAAAGCUCGAGUGAGGAUACAUCUUGAAACCUGACGUAAAGAUGUAUUCAUUUGUAACAUAUGUUGGUGCUAGAGUUUUGCUGGUAAUUCCAUUUUGAACCCUAUCGACUUAUGGAUCCAUGAUAGCUGUUUUGAGGUUCCACAGUAUAUAUUUUAAAUUAAGUCUUUAUUGCAAUGUUUAUAUUUAUUGACUUUCUGCUAAUAUCCGAAGACUGGAAUAAUGGACUUGAAAUGUUUGCACAGAACUUUGAUGGGAUAUAAAUAUCCCGUAUAUAGGAAUUUAAAACUAUUUUCUAUAGCAAAGCAAGUUAAAGUAUUUUGAGUAUAAUUAUAAAUUUAAGUAAGACUAUCUUGAGAAAACCGGAAUUCAUAGCUGUGUUUUUUUGAGUUUUCCAGGUUUCCCUUUUAUGUUGGUGUAUGUUUGAAUGACAAUUUCUUGAAAGUAGAUUUGGGAAGAAAAAUAAAAUUAGAAAGGGGAAAUUAUGUUUUAUUAAAAGGUAUUAAAAGAUAUUUCAAUGGCAAUAUGUUUAUUUAUUUUAAUGUGCUAAGAAGGUAGCUGUGGAACUGCCAAGGGACCAUAUGCAUUAACCUAAUUAUGCUGCAGGCCGCUUGUCAGGUGGUUCAGUAAAUUUGCCCUCCUGUUCUCCCAAAUCAUGGCAUCUCUAGGCUGUUCAACUGUUGCUGCUUUUGUUAGAAUUAAUGUCUUUCACACAGAUAGUAUUUACAACGUCAAUCUUUGUUGUGAUCAGCUGACCAAAAAUUUAUCAAAAGGGUUUAUGGCCAAAAAAUCAGUCACUCAAAUUCCUAGGGAUCCCUUUAAAAAAAUGUACAUCGCCCCAUUUUAGAGGAACAACACAGCAAGUACUCUAGCGGAAAUUUGAAAAGAGGUGUUUACUACCAUUUGAUGCAGUCUUCCCUUACCUAUAAGGAACCAUUCGAAUGAAUUUGCCAUUCACCAGAUAUCAGCGAUUCUUGGAUUUGGUAAGAGGUGAGCAACACAAAUCUAGUAUCAUACUCUCAUCUGACAGCACUUCUGCCAGAGAAGCACUAAAGUUGAGAAAGUUUUUCCCAUAGUCUAGAUACUGUUACUAUGCUAAGCGAUCAGACAUAUCAGGAAGGCUCUUUUUUCUUCAUAGGGACAAGCAGUAAUAGCUGAAGCAGUAAGUGGGUACAUGUGGUUUUUAUUUUGAAGGAGAAAGAAAACUGAUCUCAGAUAUUGCAAAUGGGGUGUUUCCCUAAAGUAAAACAUACUGAUUAGUAGGUCUUGGUUUAUUUAGAAAUUAUAUAAACUCUUGUGAAACAUUAUUAACAAGUAGGCCUUUAUCUUUAGGGGAAAAUUUUUAAAUUUUUACUUUAUUUUUAACCCCCUAGUCUGAGGGAAAUGUCUUUAUUAAAAAUGUUGACUCCUGCAAUAUGUUUAUUCUAAUCCUUUUCCUGCUCUGUUUUUUAUCCCUGAUGAAUUUGCAGAAAUAUUAAUCCAUCAGUUCAAUUUCUCUGUACCUUUGUUGAGCCUGAGUCUUGGCAGAAGGCUCAUUAAUAUAAUUAUGAAGCAUACUAUUACAUUUAAAAGAAAAAAUCUAGGAUGCUUGCAUGAAACAACAAAGUAUUUGCCUGCAGUUUUCUUUAAAAACUGCAAGAAUAUUAUGCUAGUCUGCUCCUUAGUAAAUGUUAAGUCAGAAAUGAGGUGAGGCUGUAGCUCACCUGAAUAAUCAGAGCUCACUCACAUUUGGCUCGAUCUCUCUUUAGUGCUUCUGUAAGUCAACUCUGUGCCAAAUCCCCCUGCACAGGAACUCAGAUCACUCUUUUCCUUGGUUCUUGUGAUUUCGGUGAAGAUGGUGGCAGUGUAUGAAUUCUAAAUCCCGAGGAAGAAGUCUUAUGGGCAUUGGUUAAGUUUCACAUUGGUGAAAGAGGAAAUAGAGUAUGUAGAAUUAUACAUUUGGCUGUUAAUGGGGUGCAUAUAAAAUUCCUUAAAGACAGCUUGGCUAAGGAGUUAAUCAGUACAGGUGCAGAUGAUUUUAAGGCAUUAAAGGAUUGUAUAGUAAUAUCAUUUAGAAUGUUUCUAAUAACUGAGACCCUCUAGCAUUUUUCUUUUGGAGUCUCAUUUUAAUUUGUGCAAUAUUUUCAGGCCUAUAGACUACUGUUCAUCGUAUUUAUAUAGAUGUUAGGGAACUUUACUAAGUAUUUUAACAAGUAAAAAUCUGAAUAUGAAAGAAAAUAUCAGAUUUGCACUUUAAAUGAGCUUAAUUGCUUGGAGUUGUGCCUGAAAUAUCGAAAUGCCUCCUAUUGGGUGUGGCUUUCUUUGUUGAAAUGAAUUUCUCUAUAAUUGUUGCUGUUCGAAGUACAGCCUUUCACAGUUGUAUUCUAAGCAUGUCACUUUUUCCAUUAAAGCACUAAGUUCUUUGAAUGUUUCAUUGUCCCCUUAAGUAUUUUACUCAGAUGCAUCAGAGAGAACAUGGUCCCCCUAGAGCUGUCACGUCUAAAUCUUCCUGUAGCAUGGAUGGUGUAACAGACACAGAGAUGCACUCUUCAUUUCUGAGCAGAGUUGUCAUGAUGGUUUCCUGGCCUCUAGGGCACUGAGGAUGCAAUUUGGAAUCAUCAAAUAGGCUUGCAGUGAAGAGCAGUAAGACUGCAGCAUAGUUUCAGUUUACUGUCAAUCUUACAUAAUAGUUUUCGUGUUUAUGAAUUAGUUGGGGUGGUUAUGUUUGCAUGCUUAUGCACACAUUUGAACAUUAAUUAUAGCUGUAAUACAGAUACCUGAUGUUUUUCCUUGGGGAUGAUGGCCUUGCUGUUUUUCUUAAUUCUGAUGCCUGAAUUAUAUUUUAAAAUUUUCUUUCCACACCUCCCUUCAAUUUUUCUGCUGCAGCAAUUUGAAAGAGUAUGUUUGGGUAAAUGAUUAUGAUGGUGAGCACCAAUCUACAACUAUGCUGUUAAAGAUACAUCAUAUGUUUUAACUUUGUUGGGGGAAAGCUACCCACUUUCUCCUUGGUAAAGCAUUGCCGUAACAAAAUAAUACUGACCCUAAGAAUUUAAAAUCUCUUAAGUCACUGCUGACUAAAAUCAGAAACACCACGAUCUUUAAUGUCUGCAGUAUUGUUUUUCCCACCGAUUUAAAAAAACAGUUCAGAGUAAAUACUGUAUAUUAGAAUUUGCUUGUAAAAUGAAUUAUAAAAACUGGAUGUAAAGUCUCUUUCCUGAAAAUGUUGGCAUAGUAAAUAAAAAUAAAGUUCAUAAUUAUAAAA